AUGACUGCUCUCAAGCUGGUCCAGCUCGGAUCUGCCGGCCGAGCACAGCUCCUUCGCCAUGCGCUACCAAAGGCAGCUCGGACGGCGCUGAUCUACUCAUCCUCCUCAACGAUAUCGGUCGCGCCUCGCUCUGCAACCUCGGCCCAUCUCCGACAUGCCACGACCAAGGCAGCAUCCUCGGCGAGCGAGUCGAGCCCCAAGAGCCCUUCUGCCGCCGCUGCUCCUGUUUCGGGUGUUCCGCGGCAUCAUCAGGCCAAGGUCGAAGUGCUGCCGUUCAGAAUCUCUUCAAAGUCUGCACGCGAAUACCUGACAACGCUCGCCAAGACCGAAGUCAUGCCGCGGGUGAUGACACAAUGGGACAUCAUCAAGCACCAGUUCCGCUCGCUCAAUCCCUUUCGCGAUUUUGAGGCCGACGAGCAGAUAGUCAAGCUGGAACGCAUGACCGCGCUUUACCUCCCUACUUGGAUCAUAGACGCCUCGUUCGAGGCAAAAUGUCGUGGCAACGACGGAAAGGCUGAAGCCAACUUCAUCACCAUCUCUUCGCGCUUUCCCGGCCAUUCGUGGAAGCCCAUGGACUCGCUCCCCUUGUUUCCUCCGCCUCCGUACGAUAUGAAGCCCAAUCAGGCCAACUCCGCCGAUCCUAGCCUAGAUCCCAACGCCAACAGAGAAGCUUGGGAAACUCUCGCCAUGGUCGACUACGAAUCGUACGAGUCGUACCUCAAGACCAAGGGCAACUCCAAGGUGCAGAUCAAGGGAGGCUUGCCCGAACCCCUUCCGUUCACCAUCUCGCCGCUCUUUCUGCCGGACAUGAUCCGCGACAAGCUCGAGUCGGCCGAUGCCACCUUCAUCGCCGAGCUCGCCGCCGGCUUCGAGCUGCCUGGCGGCGACAAGCACGGUCUCGGACUCACAAUGUCCUUGGUCGACGAAGACGGAAAGCCAAUCACCAGCCCACCCGUGCGCUUCGAGCCGGGUUCGCUCAAGAUCGACAUGAUGGCAGCAUAUCCGAUCAUGAUGCCGCUGCACAUGGCCGAGUUCAGCUAUGUCGAGGCCGAAGAUGGCGAGACGCGCCACUUGACGUUUGUGAUGGGAGCGUGGGACACGAGCGGCCUACUCUUCUGCAUGAAGGAGCAAGGCGAAGAUUGGAAGCAACCCGGUCAAGGCGCAGGUCCGCUCCUCCUCCACUCUCUGGACCUGUAUCCGCGACCGCCCAUCAAGACGCAGCUCAACGAAUGGUACGAGCGCGAGCGAGAACAAGAGAGGUCGACCCAGCGCAGAGAUUGGUGGGUAGAGAGCAAGCUCGACCCGACUGACCCCUUCACUCGUCCUAACCUCACGCGGAAAGAAAUCGAAGCCGAAUACGAUCGAUACAGGGCGCAGUCGAACAAGGAUCUGCAAAGCGACCUAGAGUCGCGCCUCAAGGAAAAGCUCAAGACUGAGCUGCCCAUCGCGGCCGAGAUCGAGAAGCGCAGCGCAGAGCUCCUGGAGCGCGCCGACUGGAUCCACUGGGAACGCGACGAACGCGAGGCCUUCCAGGUGCGAACUGCUCGCUCCGAUCCAGCGCGCACCAUGAUCACCAAAGCGCAGAAAGAGCGCUACGCUGCUGCCGUGGCUUCGGCUCGCAAAGCGCCCACGGAUCCGAGGCCAUUGCAAUGGCUGAGCCAGCGUGACGAGCGCCAAGCGGAGCUGGAGCAUCCGGACCGAGAGGCGGGGCUAGGUCGCUACAUCUUCUGGAGCUCACCCCACGUGCAACGUCUGUCGCACAAUGUGUAUGCGAAUCGUCGAUAUCUGCGCGAAGCGAUUCCCGAGGUGCUCCGCAGUCGCAAGCAAAUGGCUGGUCUCGCCGAGGGAGGCUACAACGUGGACACGUCGCUGAUCAAAGUCAACCUCCAAGACGGCCGAAAGCUGAGCGGAGACGAGGCCUACCAGACCGUCGCUGCCAACGACCUCAGCAUGCGACAGCAGCGCGAGGCACUCAAGCCGCGAUGGCUCAAAGCCCUACAGAACUCGGUCAUUCGUCGCUGA